UAUCUACAUCCUCUCUCCCUCGAUCUCUCUUCCCACCCCCAUACACCUCUCUCUAUAUAGAAUUGGUCGGUCUAUAUAGAAUCUAAACUGAUAAACCCAUACCAACAUUGCCAUUUAAACAUAUACAACCAAAAAGCCACAAUAAAGUUGACUGAUUUCUAAUGGAGGUUUUAAUGAGACUAUAUUCAAUGGCAACUACUCUGUUUCUCCUUAUUGGGAUUUUACCUUUAGCUUUAGCAGGUGGACAUAAUUAUGGCCAAGCUCUUACUAAGAGCAUUCUUUUUUUUGAAGCUCAAAGAUCUGGUUACCUCCCUGGAAAUCAAAGAGUCAAAUGGAGAGGCCAUUCUGGUCUCAAGGAUGGCAAAGUCAAUGGGGUGGAUCUAGUUGGAGGGUAUUAUGAUGCAGGGGACAAUGUGAAGUUUGGGCUGCCAAUGGCAUUCACAGUAACAAUGAUGUCUUGGAGCAUAAUAGAAUAUGGGAAGCAAUUGGCUCAAAGUGGUGAGCUUGGUCAUGCCAUGGAUGCUGUUAAAUGGGGUACUGAUUACCUCAUUAAAGCUCACCCACAACCUCAUGUGCUUUAUGGAGAGGUGGGAGAUGGUAACACUGACCAUUACUGUUGGCAAAGGCCAGAGGAUAUGACCACUUCGAGAAAUGCUUAUAAAGUUGACCAAAAUAACCCUGGUUCGGACCUCGCUGGAGAAACUGCGGCCGCUAUGGCUGCAGCUUCCAUCGUGUUCCGUCGCUACAACCCUGCAUACUCCAAGUUGCUCCUCUCUCAUGCCUAUCAGCUAUUUGAUUUUGCGGACAAAUACAGGGGUAAAUAUGACAGUAGCAUAACUGUGGCACAAAAGUACUAUCGGUCUGUCAGUGGAUACGCAGAUGAAUUGUUGUGGGGAGCUGCUUGGAUGUACAAGGCAACAAACAAUAAUUACUAUCGGAAUUACCUAGGUAGAAACGGCGAUACACUUGGUGGGACUGGUUGGUCCAUGACCGAGUUCGGUUGGGAUGUUAAGUAUGCUGGUGUUCAAACCCUUGUCGCUAAGUUGUUGAUGGGAGGAAAAGCCGGUCGUCAUGCCCCAGUGUUUGGGAAGUACCAACAAAAGGCAGAGUUUUUCAUGUGUUCAUGCCUAGGAAAAAGUAAUCACAAUGUUCAAAAGACUCCAGGGGGGCUCAUUUUCCGGCAAAGAUGGAACAACUUACAGUUUGUCACAAGUGCAUCAUUCCUCCUUACUGUCUAUGCUGAUUACUUGACUUCUGCAAGGAGAAACUUACAGUGUUCUUCUGGCACCGUCACCCCUCCUCAACUUCUAGCAUUUGCCAAAUCUCAGGUGGAUUAUAUUCUUGGAGACAACCCAAGAGCAACAAGUUAUAUGGUUGGAUAUGGGAAAAACUACCCACAACAAGUACACCAUAGAGCGUCUUCAAUUGUAUCUUUUAAGGUCAACCCUUCAUUCGUGACCUGCAGAGGUGGGUAUGCUACAUGGUUCAGCCGAAAAGCAAGUGACCCGAAUCUCCUAACAGGUGCUAUUGUUGGUGGGCCUGAUGCAUAUGACAACUUUGCUGAUCGAAGAGACAACUAUCAGCAGACUGAGCCUGCUACAUAUAAUAAUGCACCUCUUCUUGGAGUUUUGGCUAGACUAAAUGCUGGUCAUGCAGGUUAUAACCAACUCCUUCAAGUUGAAGUCCCUCUUCUUAAGCCUACAGCAGUUCAACCAGAGCCUAAAGUGACUCCAAAUACAGGUUUAACUGCAAUUGCACAAAAGACUACAAGUUCAUGGAACGCCGAUGGUAAAAAAUACUACAGAUACUCAGUUACAGUGACUAACAAAUCAAACAAGACAAUCAAGAACCUUAACAUUUCAGUAACAAACCUCUCUGGUCCUCUAUGGGGUCUAACCAAGACCGCAGGUGGUUCAUACGGGCUCCCAACAUGGGUUAACUCAUUACCGGCUGGAAAAAGCAUUGAGUUUGUGUACAUUCAUACUAAUGCUCCAGCCACAGUCUCAGUUUCAAGCUACACAUUAGCGUAAACGGUCAAAGAAGACCAAAGGAUGUAUACAAGAAGCUUACAAAGGAAGUCCAUUUUUUGUGAUUUUUCUUUUAGGGCUUAAGAAUAAGGUCUGGAGAAUGGAGGGUGAAAGGAGUGAAGAGACGGUCUAAAAAAAGAAGUGCUCAUCCUCUUUCUCCUCCUCCUUCGUUAGGUCUUGGAAUGAUACAAUUUGAGGACAGAUACAAGAAAAAGGCAUACUUCGAAUACACAAGUGAUCGGAAGAAUCCUUUUGUCUUUUUUUUCUUUUUCUUUUUUUUCCCCCCCUUUUUACUUCAAAAUAGGUUGAAGUGUUAUCUCUUCUUGUUUGUGUGUAAAUCUGGCAACAUUUUCUUACCUUGCGAUAUGAUUAUAGAUCUUGUUA